AAUAUCUCAUCUAAUCUCAUCUCAUAUCAUUCAAUGAAACUUAACCUCUUUACAGCCUCUCUUCUCUUGUUGAGUAGCAUGGUACUGGCUUCUCCAGGAAACUCCUGUGCAACACGCCAUGCUGCUUCUAGACGGGAUACUUGUGGUUCAAUUGCUCGCGAAUACGGAAUCUCUGUUCAAGAACUUCAGAGAUGGAAUGACAAUCUUGGUGGUAAUCCUAGACACUGUAACAAGCCUGUUCCCGGAAGAUCGUAUUGUGUCAAGCCCCGACGCAGAUCUAACCAUGGCGAAGAUUAUGGAAGAGAUCACGGAAGGGAUGACAGAAGAGACCAUGGCUUCCAUAAACGUGCCAAAGGUCUUGGAGACCAUCAUGGAAUUAAGGAAAUCAAAAAGCACAAGCCUUUCAAGCAUCACAAGCCAAAGCCAUUUAAGCACCACAAGCCAAAGCCUUUCAAGCACCACAAGCGAAAGGAGGUGGACGUUACUGAAGAUGUUGAUAUCAUUGAGCUUGAGAAACGUAAAGCAGGACCAUCAAAUGCUCAUGACAAACAUCCCGUAAAGCACCACAAGCCAGAGCCCAUCAAGCAUCAUAAGUCUAAACCUAUCAAGCACCACAAGCCUGAACCUAUCAAGCAUCAUAAGCCUGAACCGAUUAAGCACCACAAACCCGAACAUCAUAAGAGAGAAGAGCACGGAAAGGGACCAUCCAAUGACCAUGGCAAAGGAUCAUCCAAUGAGCACGGCAAAGGAUCAUCCAAUGAACACGGCAAGGGACCAUCCAAUGAACACGGCAAGGGACCAUCCAAUGACCAUGGCAAAGGACCAUCCAAUGAACCCGGCAAGGAACACGGUGGACACCAAGAUGAUCGUAACGAUCAUCGUCGUCCUAAUACUCGCGGUCUUCACCUUGCUCCUCAUACUGAUCCCAAUUGCAGAAGAUACUAUGUUGCUAAGCGGGAUGAUAGCUGCAGGGGAAUUGCUAGAAGAAACCAUAUUUCCGAGAACCAGUUUUACAAAUACAACCAGGGAUUGCGCCGCCGAGGAGACCAUCAGUGUGUCAACCUUUCUCCUGGUAGAGCCUACUGUGUUGCUGUCUAAAAAGAAGAAGCCCUAUAACUUAGAACUCUCUUUCGCGUACAGUUAACUUAGAGUUCGCGAAUUAGAAAUAUAUGUACUUGAUGACUUUUGAUUAUCAGUAUAAAUGAAUAAAGGACUGAAUAAACAAAUGAUUUGAAAAAUGUAU